UUCUUCCUUUUUCUUUCUUUUUCUUCAGACGCCUGUUUCUUUUUCUUGUUUUUUUAUUUUACCUCCUGGGCAAUUUUUUUUCUUUAUGUUUUUCCUCUGCACUUCAGUAACUCCACUCCAGGUCAGUUUUUCCGUUUUUUUUUUACCUGGCCAGUGGGCUGUUCCGUUGUUUGUUUUUUUGUUUUUUUCCCAGCAUGUAUAUGUGUUUAUCACUUUAUGGUAUUAUUUGUACUUGUUAAUUGUAGAUGACAUCUGAAAAUACUAGUAAAAAGGACCCUGGUUGGAAGUAUUGCGAAAAGGUUGAUCCACACAAUUCUACCAAGUUGAAAUGUAUUUUUUGUAACGAAGUGAAAAAUGGGGGUGUGUCAAGAAUCAAGCAACACCUUGCCGGAGGAGCUAAAAGGAAUACGGCGGCAUGUCGCCGAUGCCCACCUAAGGUUAGAGAGGAGAUGAGGGAGCUCAUACGUAAAAGGGAUGAAGCAAAGAGUCAAGUUAAGUUUAUACUAGAUUUUGAUGAUGCAAUGAAUGAUGAUGAUUAUGACCUCGACGAUGAUGAUAUUGUUGAAUCCAAUCCCCAUUCUAAGAAAUCUUCUACUCACGGAAGCACUACCGCAUCUAUUCAUUCUAAGCCUAAGAAACCAAGAACCAUAUGGCCUCUUGAUACUUACUACACUCUUGAACCAAAGGUGGUGGUGGAAAAUAGAAAAGCCAAGGGCAGACAGCCAAAAAUUGAUGAGAUUGAACCACAUAAGAAACUAUUGAAAGACCGGGCUCAUCAAGCUAUUGCAAGGUGGAUAUAUGAUUGUGCGAUAUCUCUAAAUGUUGUGAACAAUGAUAGUUUUGCACCAAUGAUAGAGGCUAUUGGGCAAUAUGGUCCAGGUUUGCCCCCACCAACUUAUCAGCAAGUGCGAGUUCCUCUUCUAAAAAAAAGAGGUGGAACAUGUUAACAAGUUGAUGGAGGAGCACAAAAAAGACCAGGAACAAUAUGGGUGUACGCUAAUGAGCGAUGGGUGGACUGAUAGGGAAAUAGAACAUUGAUGAAUCUUUUGGUGAAUUCUCCGAGAGGGACCAUGUUUCCUAAAUCUAUGGGUGCGUCUAGAUUUGUAAAGGAUGCAGAAAUGAUAUAUAAAUUGCUUGAUGGGUGGGUGGAGCAUAUUGGAGAAGCAAACGUGGUUCAAGUUGUUACGGAUAGUGCUGCGGCCAAUGUGGCGGCAGGUGAGAAUUUCAAUUUGCUAUUUGGUUGUUUUACUUACUUGAAGUUAUGAAAAAUUGAAAAUCACUUAUUAUUCUAGUUCUAACUUCUAACACCUCUUAUUUAUAACAAUUACCAUGGAGGUUGUUGGAGGUAAAACGACCUCACUUGUUUUGGUCUCCGUGUGCUGCCCAUUGCUUGGACUUGAUGUUAGAUGACAUUUUCAAGUUACCAAAUUUGAAGACAACUUGGGAAAGGGCAAUAAUGAUACACGGUUAUAUUUAUAAACGACCAUGUUUGUUGAAUAUGAUGAGGCAAUUGACCCAGAGGAAGGAGCUCCUUAAGCCACCAAAAACUCGGUUUGCAACCGCUUUUUUGACUUUACAAAGGGUUUAUGAACAAAAGAGAAACUUAAGGAAGAUGUUUACUUCAGAGAAGUGGACCAAUAGCAAAUGGGCAAAAGAGCAACAAGGACAUGAUGUAGAAAAAGUCAUGUUAAUGGCCUCAUUUUGGAGGAAUGUGCUCCUUGCCCUCAAGUUCGCUUCCCCACUUGUUAAGGUACUUAGAUUGGUUGAUGGAGAAGUCAAGCCUCCAAUGGCAUACAUUUAUGAGGCUAUGGAUCAAGCUAAAGAAACCAUUGCAAAUUCCUUCAAUCAAAAUAAGGCGAUGUAUGAUGAGGUCUUUAAGAUAAUCGACAAGAGGUGGGAUGUCCAAUUGCAUUGACCUUUGCAUGCAGCUGGUUUUUACUUAAAUCCUGAAUUUUUUUACAAAGAUCAAGAGGCUUGCAAAGUUCCAGAAGUCAUUGGAGGCCUAUACAAAUGUAUCACAAAGUUGAUUCCCAAUAAUGAUACACAAGACCUUGUUUGUGCUAACUUGAUGAAGUAUGAGAGAGCUGAAGGACUCUUCGGUAACCCAAUGGCAAAGAGGCAAACAGGUACAAGGGCACCAGGUAUCACCAUCACACCAUGUUAACCUUAAUCUAGUAACUAAUUUAAGUCCUAAGAGUUGCACUUUAAGAAUGUUUUCCAAUAUCUAUAUUCUAUGGUGUGCAGCUGACUGGUGGGCCUCUCAUGACACUCCCGACUUGCAAAAAUUUGCCAUCAAAGUUCUUAGCCUUACUUGUAGUUCCUCAGGAUGCGAGCGUAAUUGGAGUGUCUUUGAGCAUAUUCACAAAAAAAAAAGGGAAUAGACUAGCUCAAAAGCGUCUCAAUGAUUUGGUAUUUGUUAAGUACAAUAGAGCAUUGAAAUGUCGAUACCUCAAACGUGAUCACAUUGAUCCCAUAUCCUUGAAAGAAAUUGAUCAGAGCAAUGAAUGGUUGGUUGGGAAGAUGGAGGAAGAGUUUGUGUUUGAGGGUGAUGGUGAUGAUUUGAAUUGGGAUGAUGUUGCUUUGGCUUCUGGAGCCAAAGAACCAAGGAAAACAACGAGAGCAUCAAGUUCAAAGUCAACAGACUCAACACCUAUCGCGAAAUUGGCAAAACCAACUCCAAAGGCUAAGGCUUCAAGAGGAAAGACAUCUCUUAUAGAUGAGGAGAAUGAAGAGGAAGAAUGGGAGACGGAUGAUGAGGAAGAAGAUGUGGAAGGAUAUAAAUCAGAAUCAUCAGAUGAUGAUGAAGAACAAGAUGAAGUUCUUGGUUCUGAGAAUGAUGAUUAAUGCCUAUGCAUGCCUCUAGAUUUUACUGCCUUUAAUCCUUUUGUUAUGUCUCUAAAGCUAAACAUUAUUAUGUUAGCUUUUCACGGAUGAUAUGUUUAGUGUUUGGUACUUUCGUUUAACCAUUGACAUGUUAUGUUUUAUGACAUUUGAAAGUUUUACAAGUGUUUGUUUGUGUUGAAAACUUGUUCUAAUAAAAUUUGCCUUGUUGCAAAGAAUUUUUUUUUUUUGCGCUUCGCGUCAAUAAAGCGCGCGCCGCCCCUUGCGCCUUGCACUAAAGCCCUAGGGGACGCCUUUCGCCAUUUAAAACACUGGGGCUCGGCCAAAGUGCCAGCCCCUAGCCAAAGUACGAAGGACUUAGAUGUUUGAAGUUUGUGGGUGGUUUGCUCACAGAACCGUGAGUAUAACCGAGCUGUGGCCGACCUUAUUGUCUUGCCAAGCUAAACCGUAGCCUAAAUUCCAGCCGUAAUGUGUGCCUUAGGCUCGGUGGACCAUAUGUCCGGGGUGCUUCUAGGGACCCCUUCGAGGGCAUCAUAAUGGCCGAAGCAGUGGCGCAAGCGCUGUUUGUGGGUCUGACCGAAGUCAUCAUUUGCGGUUGUCAGCAAGUGCUGACGUGGGUUAAAAUUUUAGUAAAAAACUAGGAAAAAUUGAACGUAAAGAACAUCAAUUGCCGAGUAAGACAUUGUACUUGUAUUAAAAACUAGGAUGGAAUACAAGUUGAAACGAACUUUCCCGAAUUACAGUUUGACCAUCAUGAACAUAGAUAGUGGCCAAGGCCGACGCAACACAAAAAUGGAAAUCAAGGCCUGGGGCCGAAACAAAAUAUAAGCUAAAAUGGAUAGUGGCCGAGGACUUGGCACACUAGAGGAGUUUCACAUAUAUGCGUUUUUCAAGUUCUAGGCGUUCCACGAGUUUGUGAGGACCUUUCCGUUCAUCUCCUCCAAGACAUAAGCUCCUUCACCAGCAAUCCGAACCACACGAAAUGGUCCCUCCCAGUUUGGCUUGAAUUUUGUCUUCUUGUUGGCUUGCAAAACUUUCCUCCAUACCAAGUCAUCUGGCUUGAAGGUUUUGGUCCUCACACUACGGUUGUAGCCCUUGGCGACCUGUUGUUGGUAUUCGGUGAGCUUCAGUCGUGCGUCAUCACGCUUCUCCUCUGCUAGAAUCAGCUCUCGUUCGACAACUUCUUCAUUAGUUUUUGGGUCGAAAUUUCCAGUCCUUAAGGUGGGGAAUCUGGACUCUAGAGGGAUUACGGCCUCCAUGGCAAACGCCAUGCAAAACGGUGUCUUGCCUGUGGAUCGCCGAGGUGUAGAACAGUACGUCCACAGGACUCGUGGCAACUCCUCGGCCCAUUUUCCUCUUUUGGAGUUAAGCCAACGUUUAAUCCCAGCACAGACUGUCUUGUUUGUUGCUUCGGCUUGUCCAUUUCCUUGAGGGUAUGCAGGGGUAGAGUUAAAGAAAUGUAUCCCAAAUUCUGCACAGAGGCUGGUGAGGUCUUUGCCGACAAACUGGGUCCCGUUGUAUGAGACGAUGGCAUAAGGGACGCCGAAUCUGGUAACGAUAUUCCGCUAGACCAACCUCCGAACGUCAAGCCUCUGUGAUUGUCACAAGAGGCUCGGCUUCUACCCACUUCGAGAAGUAAUCCAUUGCCGUGAUGAGAUAUUUGAAAUCACCUGGUGCUACUGUUGGCAACUUGCCGACAAUGUCAAGCCCCCAUUAGGCAAAAGGCCAAGGCUUGGUUAUUGAGGAGAGAUUCUGUGCAGGUUGCUUAGGAAUGGGGAAGAAUAACUGGCACGGUCGGCAUUUGCGAACAAUCUCUUCGCAGUCUUUCUUCAUGUUCUUCCUAAAAUAUCCUUAACUCAUCGCGCGUUGACAGAGGGAACGACCGCCAAAGUGACAGCCGCAGCUACCUGAAUGGAGCUCAGCAAGAAUUUUUAGCACUUGUGUUGGAUGAACAAGUAGGUACGGCCCAGAAAUGGAUUUCCUGUAGAGUUGACCGCUUUCGGAGAGCCAAUAAUAAGCAGCCUUAUUCCGGAUGCUGUAAGCCUCUUUUUUAUCUGCUGGUAGCAUGUCGUCUAUGAGGAAUGCAACAAUUUCGUCCAACCAACUUGGACUGAGCUCGAUGUUGAGUACUUCUGGAGUUGUUUCAAAAGUUGGAUGGUCGAUGCUAUCGAAGUUGAUGGUCCGGAAUUCUAAAGCCUUAGAUGCCGAAGCGAGGCUGGCGAGUGCAUCGGCAUGGGCGUUGUGCUCGCGGCUGAUUUGCUCAAUCUUGAAGUUCUUGAAUUGUUGGAUGAGUUCGGCCGCUGUUGCAUGGUAUUUCAGCAUCGUGGGGUCCCUCCCCAAAACCUGAUUGACUAUUAGUUGGGAAUCGCAGAAGACAAUCAGAUCAGCGACCUUCAUUGCUAUCGCGGUGCAUAAACCAACCAAAAAGGGCCUUGUAUUCGGUUUCAUUGUUUGUGGCAAGGAAGUCGAUGCUGAUAGCGCUUUCAUGUAGCGUCCCACAAGGGGAGACCAGGACCACUCCUACCCCCGCUUCAUUGUUGUUGGAAGCACCGUCAACAUGGAGGCGCCAGAUGUCUACUUGAAAAAGGUGCCAAAGCUGUUGGGCUGUUUCUUAUUCUUCAACGGGUUAGGGUGGUAUGGGGGUGUUGAGGAUGUCCGUGUCUUCUGGAGUCAAUUCGGCUAUGAAGUCGGCGAGGAUUUGCCCUUUAAUUGCUGUCCAUGGCUCAAAGCGAAUGUCGAAAUUUGCUAGUUCAACGGCCCACUUGGAAACUCUGUUGGAGAGGUCGGCUUUCCGAAAAAGGCUCUUGAGAUGGUGCUCCAUUAGGACGGUUAUAGUGUGAGAUUGGAAGUACGGCAGUAGCUUCCUUGCAGCAGAGAGGAGUGCAAGUGCCAACUUCUCGAGAGGGAGGUAGCGUGUUUACGCGGGUAGGAGCGUUUUGCUUGUGAAAUAGAUAGGCAUGUCAUCGGCGCCUUCUCGCCGAACCAAUGCUAAGCUGACGGCGUGAGCCAAGACGGCGAGGUACAGGUAAAGAGUCUCAAAUUCUUUUGGUUUCACCAAAAGUGGAGCCGAGCUAAGAUAGCCUUUGAGUUCGGCUAAUGUCAAUGUUUUAAAUGGCGUUUGGCAGUAGUCGGGCGGAGACCCACCUCCAAGCACCAAGCCGCCUAGGUAGCGCCAAGCCGCCUAGGUGGCGCCAAGCAAUUCGGCGGAUUUUUUUUUUUUUUUAACAAACCAUUAUCCAAUCAAACUAUAUUUCAUGUAUCCAUAAUGCAAGUUCAAACUUCAAAGUACAAACCCAAAUGAAAUUAAGUAGUAGCAAUUAGCAAAUAAGUUGAAUAAAACAAUAAGUAGCAGGGCUUCGCUCACCUCCCCCGUAUUAUUUUUUUUAUUUUUUUUUUAGGCCACGAAAGGCCUCCAAAGGCGCCGACAACGCCGCCAAGACCGCCAAGGCGGCCGCCAAACACCACCAAACCUCCCUGGGCGCCAAAUCAAACGCCAAAGGCUAUUGGCAUGGCAACAAGGCACCUCCAAGCGCCUAGGCGGCCUGGGCGGCCACCAUUUAGAACACUGGCUAAUGUUGUGUCGCAGUCUGGAGUCCACUCAAAAUUGCGUUGGCUUUUACCUUUCAAUGCGUGAAAAAAUGCAUGGCACUUGUCUGAUGACUUGCUGAUGAACCGGUUUAGAGCUGCCGCCAUGCCCGUUAGUCUCUGGACUUCUCUGAUUGUUCGUGGUAGUCGGAAGUCUGCAACGGCCUUGAUUUGGUUGGGGUCAGCUUCGAUGCCACGCCUGGUGACCAAGAGGAGCCGAGCGUCUUGCCUACUGGAUGACUAGUUUGGAAUCUUUUUUGAUGUUGAGUGAGUGACUAAUGAAGUUUGGAUCGACCCCUGGCAUCUCGUAGGGGGUCCAUGCAAACACUUCGAUAUUGUCCUUGAGGAAUUGGAACAUUUCUUUGCGUUCGGCGUCACUGAGGGAUGAACCGAGUAGAAAGAAGCAAGAGCCGUCCGCGUUGAUUGGCAUGGAUACGAGGUCUUCGAUUACUUUGUCCUCGGCUUUUCGCAGACGUCUUCAAUGACUGCCAUGUCUGGUAUUUCGACCCAUUGGACUUGCUUUGCUUUGCUCGAGUUGUGAACGGCCGAGACGUAACACUUUUUGGAGGCGACUUGAUCGCUACGUAGAUCCUCUUGCCUUCCGUUUGCGCCGAUAAAGCGGACGACAUGGUGGUAGGUGGAAGUACUGGCUUGCAUACCAUGAAGCCAGGUUCGGCCAAGAAUGGCAUUGUAUGGGCUCGGCGUUGACGACGAUGAACUCAACGCUCAACGUUUUUGAACCAACGACGACAGGAAGAUGCAGCCGAGCGACUAGAUGGGGGCCCCAUUGAAGCCGAAGAGGGGAACUUCGGCUGGCUGUAGUGCCAACUCUGGGAGAUCGAGUUUCUUAAAGGGGUCGUAAUACAUGACCUCUGCAGAACUUCCUUGAUCGAUGAGGACUCGCUUAACAUCAUGGAUGCCAAUCUGGACGGUAACCACAAGGGCGUCGGAAUGAUGGGUUUGUACCAUCUCGAGGCCACGCUCGGUGGAGGUGAUUGUCCAUUUUGGUACGUCCUAUGGGCGUGGUCGUUUUGACCCAGGUCCCACCGAGAGUAUCUACUUGGAGGUUGAAGCGCGAUCAAGAUCGGCUCGAAUGGUGGUUUCGGAUUCCUUGUUGAUUGGGCCAUGGAUGAUGUGGAUAGUCAUUCGUGGCUCAUUGGAGUUUGGGUUUGUGAGAGGCUGGCGAGCGGGUGUCUUGGCUCGGUCAAUAUAUUGGUCGAGGUGUCCUUGAGAUGCAAGGCACUCCAAGAGUGCUUUGUAUGGGGCACUGGCAGAAAGACCAAAUUGGUUCCUUGAAAACUGUUGAUUCGGCCACAUAGUCGUGUUCCUUCGGUGGAUGUUUCUUUCCUUUCUUGAUGUUGUUGAUGUGCUUAUUGGGUUGGGAUUGCGGGGUGGGAAUUGGUGCCAGCUGCUGAGGAGUGACUGUCGGCAGUGGAGUAGUUGGGUUGGGAAUCCCCUGAAUUGCUCGGUCUGCAUAGAGUUCUUCAAGGGCACAGAACCUCUUCACAAUCCUCAUUAAUUCGCCCAUGCUAUGCGGAGGACGGAUUGCGAGUUCGUCCAAGAUCUUGCUGCCAGACUCCAAUCCGUUUUUGAAAGAACAAGCGGCCCAGUACUCAUCGAUCCCAGGGAU